AGUGGUAAUUUGCUGCAAAGUGCACUUUCAUUUACAGACAAGGCAAUUUAUAGACAAAAUGGCUCACGGAUUUACACAACUAAUUCGCCAAGCUGACAAAUACGCACUUUAUGUUUUAACUUGCUUGCUUGCGGCAUAUUUAUUGAACCAACUAGACAGAUAUGCUUUAGUUGUUACCAGCAGACCAAUGGCACAAGAUAUACACUUCGGUGACAAAGGUUGCGUUAGCAGUAAAGAUAUCAACUUCUCUGGGCAAACCAAGUUGUGUAAUAAAGAACCUGGGAGCGAUAAAGUGGAGAAAAACAAGACAAGAUGUUUAGCAAAGUACGGCAAUGGAAAAUACAACACCACCUUGGCAUGCCGUUGGGACUAUGAUGGAACUGGUGAACAGUACCAGAUACUAGCUGGACCAGUAUUUAUACUAGUUUACACCAUCACUGGUAUCCCACUCGGAUUCCUGGGCGGCAGUAACAAACGGUCUAAGCUCUUAGCCAGUUGUUUGCUGUUAUGGACUACGAUGACUUUAUUAACUGGCUUCGCAACCAAAUAUUGGCAAUUGGUUAUAACUAGGUUUAUACUUGGCAUGGGUGAGGCAGGUUGUACGCCGUUUGCAAGCAGUUUAAUCGCAGACUACUUUGACGAGACUUUACGAGCGUCAGCAAUGGGUGUUUACAACUGGGGUAUUUAUAUCGGAUAUAGCUUAUCGUAUGCCCUUGGAAACUUUAUCGUAGAUGCAAACAUUGACGGCAAAAGUUGGAGAUGGGUGUUUUGGAUUGCUGCUAUCCCGGGGUUCAUAGUGGCCCCUAUGAUAUUCUUUUCCGUUAAAGAGCCUGUCGGGAAAGUGAAGAAGGAACGGCCAUCAAUUAAUAUGGCGGUAUCAUCGAAGCAACGUCGUAUGUCCUCCAUAGUCAAAGUGUUUCUGGGCCCUUCCACUCUUAUUCUUUGUCUAGCAGGAGCAAUAAGGAAUGCCGGCGGAUAUGUAUGGGCAUACAACACACAACCCUAUUUCGACAAGUACUAUCCUGAGGUGAACCUAGGGUACUGGAUGUCAUGGAUUCCACUGGUUAGUGGUUCAAUGGGUGUGCUACUCGGUGGUGUGAUAUCUGAUUGCGUGAUUAAAAAUCGAGGAUUAUAUGCUAGGGUAUGGGUCCUUGUUUUUAGUCAGUUAUUUGGAGCACCGUUUGCUGCUGGGGCGCUGUUUCUUCACCCACCUUAUUGCUUUCUGAGUCUUAUUGCUGCUAAUAUUAUUGGGGAAAUGUGGAUUGGUGUUGCAUUAACAGUUAUAGUAGAACUGGCCCCAAAAGCUCUUCGAACCCCUGUGGUUGCCUACUAUGGAUUUAUUAUUGAUAUCAUUGGUGGGAACGUACCAUUGGCUGUGCCACCACUUAAAGAGGCUACUGGAAGUUUACGCAUAGCGUUAUACUUAUUAUAUCCUGGUCUUUAUCUAACCAGCUCUAUAAUAUUUUUAUUAACUCUGUUUGUCUUAAAAUGGGAUAAAGAGAAAGUGAAGAAUUUAGAAGAUAAAAUGAACGAACAAUCAUCACCAUUAUUGGAUGAUGAGAAUGAUUGUGUUGAUACAUCAGUAAAAGAAGCUUAGGAUACAUAUUGCGCAUUUAUUUGAUAUCAGAAUUUUGUUUUGCUCCACACUGUUUGCGCAUUGCCUGAUUUGCCUCCUUUUGGAAUUGUCACUGGGUUGCAAGGCAGUAUGCUCAAAAAAUGGUCCCUAAAUCCAAGAACGUAAAACCACGAUUUCAUUGUUGAGUGAGUUCUCAGUAAAUAUAUCAUCACGUAACUGUAAUAUCGUUAUUAUCAUAACAUUAUAAAACAACAAUUUUAGUUGUGGUGAGAAGGAAUAAAUUCAUCAUAUUAUAUAACUA